GCUAAUUGAAAACUUCAACUCCGAUCUGCCGAGUCCGGUGCCGGAGCAUUCUCGGGGAAGCACGGGGCUCCACCACUAACUUGGAGUCAAGUCGUAUCCAAUCCUCCGCCUUCGGGGUGCAUCCGACCAUGUACACAGAAGCCCAACUCGACCAGUAUUUCCGCCACAUCGGCUUCCCCGGUCGCCCAGCCGGGACGACCCUGGAGCAGCUCGGUGACCUGCAGAAGUGCCAUCUCGCCCGCGUGCCCUUUGAAGAUGUCACAAUCCACUACUCCACCCACCGCACUCUCUCCCUAGACCAGGACGACCUGUUCCGGAAGAUCGUCCUCAACAGCCGCGGCGGCUACUGCAUGGAGGUGAACACCUUCUUCGCCAUCGUCCUGCGCAGCCUAGGGUACACCGUCUUCAGCGCCGGUGGGAGGGUCAGGGAGCCGGAUGGGGGGCUCACGGGUUUGUCCCACAUGGUCAAUAUCGUGACGAUCGAGGGUCAGCGAUACGCGGUGGACGUCGGGUUCGGGUCCAACUGCUCGAUACAGCCAAUACCCCUGCAAUCGGGGGUCGAGUUCGACGGCGUGCUCCCCGUGCGCGGGAAGCUGGAGCACAGGAGCCUCGCCGAGCACAGCGACCCGAGCCAGCGGGUGUGGGUCUACUCGGCCCAGGAAGACGCCAAUGCCCCCUGGAAGGAGAUGUACUCGUUCCUACCCGUCGAGUUCUUCCCAGCGGAUUUCGAGGUCAUGAACCUGAGGACAAUGACCUCGCCGCGGAGCUACUUCGUCAAGACAGUCUUGGCGAUGAGGAUGAUCCGCGACGAGGCGAGCGGCGACCUCACGGGGCUGCUGAUCCUGCAUAAGGACUAUGUGAAGAGGCGGGUGGGGGACAAGUCCGAGACCCUGGAGGAGUUGAAGACUGAGGAGGAGAGAGUGCGCGCUCUGGAGAAGUACUUCUGGAUCGUGCUGAGCCCCGUUGAGCAGAGAGCUAUCCGCGACCUUCCGACUGAGUUGAGGGGUUAACUAGGUCGGAGAUGCAGGAUACGCUGGCUGGUAGUGAGGACGUGGGACUCUGGAAGGUGCGUUUAGAGGGUUGGGGGUCCAACUGGUGCGGCCGCUUGAUACCAAAGCAU